UGGUUGUCUGUUGCAAUAAAAGCAGUCCCAGUGCAGCGGUCGGCGAGAAAGGUCCUUCCCUCGGCCGUCCCCGUACGGGGAGUGGAGCUGGCAGCGCCGCCCCGCUGCUCGCCGCUGCCGCCGCAGGACAGGCGAAGCGAGGGGAGGCGGCAACUGCCGCAGGUCGGGCAUAGCCGCUGUGGUGCCGGCGGCGAGCUGAGGCCGCCCGGCGGCACGGAGCGCUCCGCCGCCGGGCGCCAUGGCCCAGCGGCAGCCGGCCGCCCCUGCGGGCCCCGAAGGAGCGGAGCCCGGGGCUGGGGCCGCUGGCCCGGAGCUGACGGUGGGGAGCGGCCCCGUGCGGAUCCGAGUGGCUGUCCGGGCGGCCGCGGAGGAGGAGGAGGAGGAGGAGGAAGGUGGCGGCGGCGCGCCGUGCUCCGCGGCGCGAGGCGGCGGGAGCUGCAGCGAUGAGGACUCGGGGGGGCGUAAGCGCUCCAGUGGUGGGGAAAAUGAUAAUGACUCUGACCAGAACUGGAAGCCACCAGAAAAUGACCUGAUCCAGAAGUUAAUAGCACAGAUUGAAUAUUACUUCUCAGAUGAGAACCUUGAGAAAGAUGCCUUCCUUCUAAAGCACGUGCGAAGAAAUAAGAUGGGCUACGUUAAUGUUAAACUCCUCACUUCUUUUAAGAAGGUGAAACAUCUGACUCACGACUGGAGAACCACAGCCUAUGCACUGAAGUACUCUAACACUCUUGAGCUCAAUGAUGACAACAGAAAGGUUAGAAGAAAUACUCCAGUUCCAGUGUUUCCAAGUGAAAAUCUCCCUUCCAGGAUGUUACUGGUGUAUGAUAUCCACAUGAUUUCUGAGCUGCAGGCUCUUAACGAACAACAAGAAAAUGGAUGUGUGCAAGAAAGGGUAAUGGAGCAUCUCCUGAAAGCCUUUGUAACUUUUGGUGUAAUUUCAUCAGUUUGUCUUCUCAAGCCUGGCAGGGAUCUACCACCCAAUAUCAGGAGGGUCAGCAGUCGGUACCCCCAACUGGGAUCUCAGGAGUGUGCAAUUAUAGAAUUUGAGGAAGUAGAUGCUGCCAUACGUGCUCAUGACUUCAUGUGUACUGAAAAGAAAGAGACCAGCAUGAAAGUUGUCCUAAUAGGCAUAAAGCUUCCCAAGAAAAAAGUUCCCAAAGACAAGAACCGUGAUGAAGAUAGCAGUAAGAGCCUCAAGAAGGCUAGAUCCCUUAAUAAGAGAGUUGAGGAACUUCAGUUUGUCGGUGAUGAAUCGUCAGCAAAUAGCUCUUCUGACCCAGAGAGUAAUCCUACAUCACCGUUGUCAGGACGCAAAAGUACUGCAACAAAUACUAGGAGUAAUUUGAGCCCUGUCAUUUACCCCAACAACCAUUUGAGUCCUAAUGUGUCACCCCGAUCAAGUCCUUGGAACAGUCCCUCUUCCCUAAGAAAAGUAACCAGAAAGUCUCCGCUGGCCGAAGACAGCAAGCUUAACCCAAGCACUAGCCCUGAGAUUCCAAGGAAAUGUACAGAUUAUUCCUCGGACAGCAGUAUCACUCCUUCUGGUAGCCACUGGGUACAGAGAAGAAAAGCUCAAACUGUAAUGCAGGAGAAGAGUCUCAUCAGUAGCCCCAUGUUAGCUCGGAAAAUACAAAAUGCGGACGGUCUGCCUGUAGGGGUGCUGCGGUUGCCUAAAGGUCCUGAUGGCACAAAAGGAUUCCACAAUAGAGAUGAAAGAGGGAAGGCUACAAAGCAUGAAUAAAUCUUUCUUUAAAAAGCAAUUUCACAGGUCAGACGACUGCUUUUGUUCAAGCCUGGUGAAAAAUUGUCACUGGAGUGACAGAGUUAAGUCAGUAUUUAAUUUUAAAAUAUUUUGUAUUCAUAUGGAAACUUUAUCAUUUGUAUACUUACUUCACAGAAUCACAGAAUCGCUGAGGUUGGAAGGCAUCUCUGGAGAUUGCCCAGUCUACCUCCUUUGCUCAUGCAGGGUCCACUACAGCAGGUCACUUAGGGUUUUGAGUAUCUGCAAGGGCAGAGACUCCCCACCUGUCUGCGCAGUGUGCUCCCAUGUUCAACCAUCCACACACUAAAAAAGUGUUUCCAUAUGUUCAGGUGGAAUUUCCUGUGUUUUGGUUUGUGCCCCUUUCCCUGUUAUGGGGAAUCACUAAGAGCCUGGCACCACCUUAUUUACUCCUUCCCAUCAGAUAUGUAAGAACACUGACAAGAUCUGCCCCCUGAGCCUUCUCUUCCCCAGUCUGAACAGCCCCAGGGCUCCAGGUCUCUCACAUGAGAGAUGUUCUCAUCUCCCAAACAUCUUAUGCACUUAAUAAUGCGAUAAGGGCAUUACAUUAGCUGCUACUUUAGUGUAUUAGUUUGAACCAGGCAUUUAAAUCACUCAUGUAACUACAUUGUUUGCAAAGCUAUGCUCCUGAAGAGCAGUCUGUAAAUACUUACAGCUUAGUGGUUGUAUUAGAACAAGCUGUGAUAUGUUACCAGCCUAACCAUAAGGAGUAGAGGUUUUGAAGACUGUCAGUGUUUGUCUCAGGAGGAACUCUGAAUAACAUGCUACAGUGAGCAGUUGCUCUCUGCUUGCAUAUGCCUCUAAAGACAAUGCUGUUUAGUAGGACCAAAGUAUGUAUUUCACAUGGGGUGAAUAAAGACUCCGAGCAUUGAAGAUUGUUCUGUAAGUCUUAUCUCAUAAUCAGAUGGAAAUAAACAAAAAUAUUAACUCAUUCUAGA